AGUGCCAGUAGUUGUAAGUGGGCGGGCUCUUAUCUUAUCAGGAGGACAGGCCCAAGUAGUAGUUGCAAAGCGGAAAGAAAAUGGCGGCCGUGGCUGCGGAGCCAGGAGCUGCUGCGGCGGCAUCAACAACAGCGGGGGACGGGGUGGACUACGAACCCGAGCCAGGAGAGCAUGUGGUCGACCUAGAGGCCCACUCCGUCCCGGAAGUGGAGCUUUGUCACCGACCCGAGGAUGUGGAUGCAGUUCAGGAAUGCAGCCAGGUCCAAAUGGAAAUCAGAAGGCCGGACCUUCAAGCCGCGGGAAAAGCCCUCGCUGCCCAUGCGGACGGAGAGCGCACCCACACGGGUGGGUCCUGGGGCCGUCUGGGCAAAGCCGAGCAGCCCGUGCUUAUGGACUACAGGUGCACAGAUUACGAGGAAUCCUUCUCGCCGAAGGUGGAGGCUGCAACCGAGGUCAGUGCUCUCGAAUCCAGCCCCUGCCUUCUGCUCUCCCUUCCCGCUCAGGUUCCGUCGGAGCCCAAAACUGGACUGUCUCUGGCUGUCGAAUACGACUCCAAUCCCGCGUCAAGCCAUCCUACCGAUUUGGAGUGUGAACUCAUAGGCUUUACGCAGCCGGAUCCCGAACCCGCAUCCGAUGCUCCCGGGUCGGAACUCAAAACUCGCGAGGAUGCUUUCCAUGACAUCCCGCACCCCUCAGAUCACCUGGACUCCCUGUCCGCUGCGGAGGAGACCUCGCUGGGAGAAUCGGUGGGUCAGAGCUGCAUGAGUGACUUUUCUACUGUUUCCAGUAAGGACUCUCCCGAACUUCCAGCGGAGGUGGAUCAGUCGCUCAUGUCAGCAGCAGAGGCGGAGGAAGUGCGCUCGCAUCCUCUUCAUCAGCAGAGCUUCAAAACGGACCUCAGCGAACCCGACAGGGAGUCGGCGGAGACGAAAGACCCGGUUCUGUGUCCGGCGGAGCCCGGCGCCGUUGAGCGCCUGAUGCUCGGCUCCGAGGUUCGAGUCACGCUGGAUCACAUCAUCGACGAUGCGCUCGUGGUGUCGUUUCGCUUGGGCGAGAAGAUCUUCUCUGGGGUACUCAUGGACCUUUCGAAAAGGUUUGGACCUUAUGGGAUUCCUAUAACCGUGUUCCCCAAAAGAGAGUAUAAGGACAAACCAGAAUCUAUGCAGCUAAAGACGGAAGUAUUCCAGUCAGAGACAGAUAAGGAUGUCACUCAAGGACCUAGUGAUGCCCCCAUUAAGGACCCUGCGGAUGCUCCGGAUGCCCCUCUGAAGGACCCUGCUGAGACUCAUGCAGUGCCCCAGCCCUGUCCCAACCCUCAACCUAACCCAUGGACCUCAAAACCACCUCCUUUGUUUCAGGAGGGGGCCCCUUAUCCACCUCCACUGUUCAUCAGGGACACCUACAACCAGACGUUACCUCAGCCUCUACCACGCAAAAUCAAGCGGCCCAAGCGUAGGCUGUAUAGAGAGGAGCCCACUUCUAUAAUGAAUGCCAUCAAGCUCCGACCAAGACAAGUUCUGUGUGAUAAAUGUAAAGGGGCUGUGGUGCAAGGGGACAAGCGUGAAACACGCAGAGGCCCCAUUUCAGACUGCCGAAGUGACGAUGCCAAAAGACGGCGUAAUGACAGCGCAGCGGCAGCUGCUGGUAAGCGGCCCCGUAGUGAUCCACGUUCUGACGAGAAGGGCCGUGGUACUGAUGGGCCCAAACGGCAGGGUUCGGCUGUACGGGUGUCGUCGGCCACCGCCUCUUCUCUGGGCCAUAGUCAGGUCAAAGGUGCAGCUGUAGGGAACAAAAUGGUGAAGGGGGUGUCUACUACAACCACGUCCUCGGCCAACUCUCGAGUGCAGCUCAAUGCCAAAAAAGUGCUUCAGAGCAAAAAUGUUGACCACUCCAAAGUACGAGAGGUGCUGAAGAUGGCCAAGGCUCAGAGAAGACAUGGAGAGACAGUCACAGGCAGUAGCGGGAAGACCAAGGCCAUAACCAGGGCUGCUGCCCUCCAGGAAGCCCACCAAAAGGUCCACUUCACCAGGCGACUGCAGCAGAUCAGUGGAGGAGGUCCAGGUUCCAACCCCCUGCCACCCAGGAUGCGCAUCAAGCCCCAAAGGUACCGUAACGAAGAGAACGAUUCUUCCUCAUGUAAGCUGCCUUGCUUGGAGAAAGUGCCGGGAGGGGGCCGUUUACCGCUGCCUAAACCAGCCCUGCCCUGCUGCACCUCCACACGUUCCUCCUCCUCCUCCUGCUCUGAAAGCCAAGUCGCCACAGCUGUAGAGCCCCAGAGGCCAGAAAAAGCAAUCGAGUCCCUGCUCAGCCAGGCCCAACCCGAGCCCCUCCCAGCCCCGGAAUACAGGGAACCCCAAGCUGAGCCAGAGGAACAGGAGGGGCGGGAGGAAAAGCGGGAGACGCGUGGGAGCAAGGCUGGUAACCUAGUGGUCUACAUGACCCUUAACCCCAGCCAUCCCGACUCCUCUAGUACCUCCAUGUGCAGCAUCGAUAGUGCAGAUGACCUAAAGUCAUCAAACUCUGAGUGUAGCUCUAACGAAACGUUUGACUUCCCCCCUCCUGGUGAUUUGCGAUCGGCCCCUGCCCCUGGCACAUCCUCCGCUUUUGCCUCUGCAUCUCCCUCUGCUCCUAAGGACGACAAAAAUUUCAGUAAAUCCCUCAAAGCUGCUGUCUUUUCCAAAAACGUCACGAAGUGCGUUGCCCUGGAUGGCAGGACAAUUUGUGUAGGGGACAUUGUUUGGGCCAAAAUCCUUGGCUUCCCUUGGUGGCCCGCCCGCAUCCUAGCCAUCACAGUGAGUCGCAAAGAUAAUGGGCUCUUAGUCAGGCAGGAGGCCCGGGUAUCUUGGUUUGGGUCACCCACCACUUCCUUCCUGGCCAUUACUCAACUUGCCCCAUUUCUAGAAAACUUCCAGUCUCGCUUUGACAAGAAGAGAAAGGGCCUGUAUCGUAAAGCCAUCACUGAGGCCGCCAAGGCUGCCAAACAGCUCACACCCGAGGUCCGAGCCUUGCUAACUCAGUUUGAGACGUGAGGUUGGUGUGCCUUGGUAAGGUAGGCAAAACAGGCACUCGAGUUGGCCCUGUACCCCUUCUGACACCUCUCAAACUUUGCUGUACCCAGUCAGCUUCCAGAGUGUAAUCCAGAAAAGGCAACCAGGACUAAUUUAUUUUCGUUGAGAAAGCAAGAGAAGGGGAUCGAAUUGAGUAAAUGAAAGCAAACGGUUCUCAUGUCAAGUAUCUAGUGUUCUCCCCUACGUAACCAGUCUUAUGAUCUUGUCAUAUCAUCAUACAUUUAUUAUAAAUGAAAACAGAUGAUGGAUGUUUCUAGGAAAAGGUUUUAUGGGUUUUUGAGUGGUAAUGAUAUUUGUUUGCCUUGAAGUUGUUCUUGGUCCAUGUCUGCCGUCGAAGGUCCCUGUAAACAUGAAAAGAGUGGGUUUUUUGAGCUUGAUUAGCUUUCACCGGAAGAAUUAGGCAUGUGUGAAAAUGUCUGCUUGAACCCAUUCUCAAACCAACUAAACUGGCCGGUCGGCUGCUACUUAGUCUGGAUCCCUAAUUUAGCAGAGUUAAUGCUUCCUUUUGGAUGAUCAGAGAAAGUGUUAUAGGUUCAGAUUCCUGCUGCAUUUUCUAUCACUACAGUGUUUUUAGACGUCGGAGUCCUUAUGUGUCCAGCCUCCCUUACAUUAACUCAAGUCUUGGAUUUCACUUAGGCCAUCCUUGAAUUUUCUUUUAUCGUGGAAGUUGUGUAACAAAGUUGACCCUGCUGGGUAGUGCCUCGCUCAGGUAGAAAAAGGGACUUAAUUGGUGCUGAUCUUUCUCAGACGUUCUGAGACAACUAAUCCAAGUGCAGUGAUCUGAGCAGACGGCUGUUGAUCUGGGCGUGGCUCUUGGCCAGCCUUGGCUUUGCAGCCAGUCGCGCUGCUGUUACGGGGGGAGGUGCCUGUAAGCCGAAGUCACCUCAAGUGCCACUGUGGGGAGAGCACAGCGACUCUGUAAACGCAGAGAGUAUCACCUCAGACACGGAGAAACCUGCCAGCCUAUCUGUGCGUCCUCUUUCCCCACCCCUCGCAGCUACAACAUCUGCUUCCCAAGCUAAUUCCUCCAUAAUCUACUUGCCCUGUUCAAAGCUUCUUUUUCUUUUCCUCCACUUGUUUUGCUCCCUCCUGCCGUUGUCAUAUGUUUGCGUCUUAGACUGCUUUUUAUAUGUCUGAUUAUGGCGAAAAUGUUCCUGUUACUCAGCCAAGCCGCUGGCCACCCCGACAUCGUUUUUGCAUGAAUUUGGGAGUGCAUAUGUGUUAAAUGGAUUACUGAGCAUCUUUUGUAUGGCUCAUUAUGUUUGUCCAAUUUAGGAAUAUCACAUCAAGAGGCAAACCUAAGUUUUGAUGUAGCUGCAGUGGAAUGCAAAACUCUUUUAAAAUGAGUUCCAUUAAGUAACUCGAUGAAAACACUUGUCAACUGUGGUGUCCCGCUGCAUAGUGAGGCAUUGGAGUAUAAGGCAGCAGUUCUCAUAUGUGUUAAUAUGUUCAUCAUAAUUAUGGGCCUCUGGCUGGUUUAGUUGUUCAGUGAUUUGUUCUGAUUCCAGUAUUCAUUCUCUCAUCUGAAAUGUUUUGCUAAGGAUUAUUGUGUGUUAAAUUUAUUUGUUGUGCCUGAACUUUAUUUUCUGUUUUAUAGAAAGAACUUUUAUUUCACUAUUUGCAAAAUAGGGCUGAAGAUCUUGUAUGUAAAGUGUUCAAAAUGUAUUUUGCCUGACUGAAUUGAAGAUGAAUGGCCUGGAUCUUAUUUCAAUGUUGAGAACCAGUGAUUUUAUUUGUGUGGAAGAGCAUUAUCUCUUUUUUUAUUUUUUAUUUCUUGUCUGUAAUCAUGGUUAUGUCCUUGCAUUGCAUAUCCAUUUGCAUCUUAAACUGUCCAGUUAUAUUUACACAUCUGAGAAGGGGCAUACUGUAAGAUAUCUUGGUCUUUCCACAUAUGACUUUAGCAGGUAGAGAUCGAAGACUUGAGGGGGAAAAAACAAUGCUUGGUAGACCACACUGACUGACUGACUGACGGAUGGAGGUUUGUGUAAAGGAGUAAAAACUAUUUAUUUUGGUGGUUGGCUUUUUCAGUUCAGCAUCUUAUUUUUUACUUUUAUCAUUUCUAUCUGUUUGCAGGUCAGAGAAUGCUGUAAAACCAUUGAAAAAAGUAACAGUUGAAGAUAUUGUGUACAUGUUUUCUGAUGUUUUAAGAGUAUAUAAAUAAACUGUGAACUUC